AUGCACUACGGCCCGCCGCCCGAGCCUUCGGGGCCGCCCUCUGGCUUGACCACUCCCGCAAGCGAGACCCGAAGACUAUCUGAUCCUCCCGCCUCGUGGGAUCAACGAAUGCCAUGGGACUCGUGGAGCUCAGACGGCUUCGCUCGCGGUUAUGAUAUACCCCCAAUUCAGUUCGGAGACGGCCCGCCCUAUAGCGAAGACGACGAUCUACAGAGUCCGGUCGUCGCUACCCGUCACCGUAAGCACAAGUCCAGUUCAGCCACACUUGGCCAGAGCAGGCGGCGGGCCGGUCGGGAGGGCGACAUCAUGACCACGUCCAACUACGACAGCGAGAGGGGAUAUUAUGUUGGAACAAGUGGAGAUGGUAGUGAGCGCUACUACGUGACCCAUGGAGGAGAGCCGAACGGCCCAGGUGGCGAGUAUGUAACCUAUCCUCCUGAUCAAGCACGCCAUAGCCAUGGCUACCAUUAUCCUCAAAGAGGCCGUCAGCGUGAUGGCGGCCGGCCUCGGUCAGAGAACUCUAGCCCCCCAUCAUCACCCGGGUACCGCGACAUUGACGAAUCUCGCUAUUCACGAGACUACCAGUUCACAAUUACCUCACCCGACGAGGAGUUCCACGGCAAGGCCGUGGCCCUGUUUGAUUUUGAGCGCGAGAAUGAAAACGAACUACCCCUAGUUGAGGGCCAGAUCAUUUGGGUCUCAUACAGGCAUGGACAAGGGUGGCUCGUCGCGGAGGACCCAAAGACGCAGGAGAGUGGACUGGUUCCAGAGGAGUACGUACGGUUGCUCCGAGAUAUCGAAGGCGGCAUGAACAGCUUGACUGGGAAUCCUGUGGAUGGCUGCAUAUCCCCGAAUGAAGCCGAGACCCCCACACAAGCGGAACACAGUGGUAAAGAACGACAGCCAUCCAUCACGUCAACCAAUGGAUAUCACCAACCGGUUGUGUCGGUCUUUUCAACAUCAAGCAAAGAUUUGAAUCCCUACCCUACAGGACAAUUGGGUAUUCAGGCCGGGCAGACGCCUCCACAGGUAAUUCAUUAUCACGGACAACGUGGUGGUAGCCAGGCAAACACGCCCACCAUCCCGCAACACAAAGAGCCUGGGAUGGCUCGCAGAGAGAGUCAGGAUUCAACCAACGAUGGCGAGGCUGGUAAUACGCCAGGUCUAGAACAUCCGACGGCUGCUUCCAGUCAGGCGACCAGUCGGUAG